AUGGGUACCAUAAUAUUUAGAUUUUGCACCAUUCCGCAAAAUGAAUCAAUCAACGAUAUAUCAAUCUAUCUCUCUCUCUCUCUCUCUCUCUCUCUCUCUCUCUCUCUCUCUCUGUUCAUAUCUAUCUAUCUGUUCAUAUCUAUCUAUCUAUCUGUUCAUAUCUAUCAAUCUAUCUCCCUCUCUCUGUUCAUAUCUAUCUAUCUAUCUCUCUCUCUGUUCAUAUCUAUCUAUCUAUCUAUCUGUUCAUAUCUAUCUAUCUAUCUAUCUCUCUCUCUCUGUUCAUAUCUAUCUAUCUAUCUAUCUCUCUGUUCAUAUCUAUCUAUCUAUCUAUCUCUCUCUGUUCAUAUCUAUCUAUCUAUCUAUCUAUCUCUCUCUGUUCAUAUCUAUCUAUCUAUCUAUCUAUCUCUCUCUGUUCAUAUCUAUCUAUCUAUCUAUCUAUCUAUCUAUCUAUCUCUGUUCAUAUCUAUCUAUCUAUCUAUCUCUCUCUGUUCAUAUCUAUCUAUCUAUCUAUCUAUCUAUCUCUCUCUCUUCAUAUCUAUCUAUCUAUCUAUCUCUCUGUUCAUAUCUAUCUAUCUAUCUAUCUAUCUAUCUCUGUUCAUAUCUAUCUAUCUAUCUAUCUAUCUAUCUCUCUCUGUUCAUAUCUAUCUAUCUAUCUAUCUCUCUGUUCAUAUCUAUCUAUCUAUCUAUCUAUCUAUCUAUCUAUCUCUGUUCAUAUCUAUCUAUCUAUCUAUCUAUCUAUCUAUCUAUCUAUCUAUCUAUCUCUCUCUCUGUUCAUAUCUAUCUAUCUAUCUAUCUCUCUCUGUUCAUAUCUAUCUAUCUAUCUAUCUAUCUCUCUCUGUUCAUAUCUAUCUAUCUAUCUAUCUAUCUCUCUCUGUUCAUAUCUAUCUAUCUAUCUAUCUCUCUGUUCAUAUCUAUCUAUCUAUCUAUCUAUCUAUCUAUCUCUGUUCAUAUCUAUCUAUCUAUCUAUCUAUCUAUCUAUCUCUCUGUUCAUAUCUAUCUAUCUAUCUAUCUAUCUAUCUAUCUAUCUAUGAGUUGUGUGUGCGUACGUGUCUGGAUUCAGUCUUUUCAUUCUCAUUCUUAAACUCACUUUGUCUCUCCGCCUCUUCGGCAUCUCUCUCUCUCUCUCUCUCUCUCUCUCUCUCUCUCUCUCUCUCUCUCUCUCUCUGUCUGUAUGUGUGUGUGUGUGUUUAUAUCUAUCUAUCUAUGAGGUGUGUGUGCGUAAGUGUCUGGAUUCAGUCCCUUUCAUUCUCAUUCUUAAACUACCUCACUUUGUCUCUCCGCCUCUUCUCUCUCUCUCUCUCUCUCUCUCUCUCUCUCUCUCUCUUCAUGUUUAUAUCUAUCUAUCUAUCUAUCUAUCUAUCUAUCUAUCCGUUUGUCUAUCUAUCACAGUCACUUCAUGUCUAUCUAUUAGAGAAUAACCGAUCCUACCUUCUCAUUAAUAUAACAAAGAUGGUUCAAAGAAGCAUCGCUCAAAGACAAACUAUUCUAAACUUCUCGAUCCAGACGUCCAGUCACGGAAACGCGUCCGUCCAACAACCAUGUCAGUUCAGCGGAAGCUCGAUAGAAAAACGCCCUCUCUUAGUCGUCUAUGAAAAUAUUCUCCCUUUCCCUGAAAGCGGGGACAAGAAAUUCCGACGAAAGCGUGAUGCCUCGACGGAACAGAAUACCACAACCGGCCAGGAGGACGCAGACGCCAGCACCCGACCGUCGAUUGAGAUUAAAACGGUAGUCAACUGGACAGACUGGGAUGGAAAUUAUACUAACUCCUCUGAUCCCAUUUUACCAGCUCUAUCCGAUCUCUCUUUACCGACGGUCUCCUAUGAUACUAACGCUACCAAUACCUCUUCCAGUUCCACAUCAUACCCUAUAACCUGUCACCUUCGCCAGUGGUACGUUAACUUUUCGGAAAUGAACUGGCACCAUGUGAUCCUUCAACCGCCAGGAUAUUAUGCUAAUUACUGCUGGGGGCUUUGUCCGGCAUUUCUGGAGAACGUUAAUGCCACUAAUCACGCAUAUCUACGCAGUAAAUUCAUGCUCUUUCACCGGCUCGACCCGGACAUACCCAAGCCGUUCUGUACACCCAUUAGAAUGACGCCGGUAACUCUUCUAUAUCUUAACAAAUAUGGUGUGAUUAUCGCAAAGAAAUUUCACGAAAUGGUGGCCGCUGAGUGUUCCUGCAUGUAA